GCUUACAUUGCAGCACAAAACGCAGAAGCAGAACAGAUACCAAAAUGGCGUUCGCCACUGCUGGAUACGAUGGGAGAGUGUAGUGAAAUGCACGGAGAAAAUAACUAAAACGAUGUCGGGCACUCCGUCGAACCGACGAAGUGGCGCGCAGAAGAUUCGCUUGACUAUUGUGUGUGCGCGCAAUUUGGUCAGGAAGGAUCUCUUUCGCCUCCCGGAUCCCUACGCGAAGAUAUCCGUCGAGGGCAGCGGCCAGUGCCACUCUACUGAGAUAAGCAAGAAUACCUUGGAACCAAAGUGGAAUUCCUACUAUGAUUUGUACAUUACCAAAACUGACACCAUCACAAUAACAGUCUGGAACUACAGGAAGGCACAGAAGAAGCAGGGCAGUGGGUUUUUGGGCUGUGUGAGGAUUGUUAGUUCAUUAAUCAACAGGCUGAAGGAUACUGGCUAUCAAAGAUUGGACCUGACAAAAGCCUCUCAAGAUGACAGUGAGCCUGUGAAGGGUCAAAUAAUAAUAUCCUUGCUGUCGCGCGAUGGUCAAAGCGGCGGCACACCGCUGGCGAUUGUCGGACCGCAGGGCGAACUCCGCGGUCCGGCCAAUCGUGAUGUUUCGCCAGUGGAUAACGACCAACUGCCGCCCGGCUGGGAGGAGCGACGCACUCUAGACGGCCGCCUCUACUACGUGAACCACAUCACCAAGAUGACACAGUGGACGCGUCCGGUAACAAACGCGAAGAAUAGAAACGCGCCGCCGCCGCGUAAUAAUCCAGCGCGCAAUAAUCAAAAUGUGGACAAUCAGAACGACAACAAUACGGUAAACAAUAACACCGAGGAGGUGAUCACACCCAGUUCGAGCACUUCGCCCACUACGCCAGUGGUCAGUCCUCAAAAAGAGAUCAUCCCGACAACAGGACGUGCACCAAACGCGUUCGCCAUUUCGCCAACGAGUGCAGCCAUUCCGAUGAUUCCACCGAACAAUAUCAGCCUCAACGCGCCUAAUUCCACCAGCAUGAGUACAACGCCGGCUCAGCAGGCCGUCAGUCCGCAGGUGCAGCGUGGUGUGGCGCGAGACAGGCGGCAGCGUAAUGGUGAAGAACGGCGGGAUGGCAGCGGCCGGCGUCGGUCGGGGCGCAAUCGAAAUGCGCCUUUGCCACCGCCACAAAACGGAAACACUUCUGCCCCCACGAUGGGCAUUGAUCUUCCGCCUGGCUACGAAUUGCGGACGACACAGCAGGGCCAGGUUUACUUCUAUCACAUACCGACUGGUGUUUCGACGUGGCACGACCCGCGCUUACCAAAAGACCUGGCUUCGUUAGGCAUCGCUUUGGAUCAAAUGGGCCCGCUUCCACCCGGCUGGGAAAUGAGGCACACCGCAUCAGGAAGGACGUAUUUCGUUGAUCAUAAUCAUCGCACUACGCAAUUUACCGAUCCGCGGCUAAACACUGAAAUACUCACGAACAUCAUGAAGCGCAAUUUGCCGUCGACGUCGUCAGUAUCGACGCCAACUAGUAGCACGACCAUCACAGCUAUGGCGAACACAACACCCUCCGCUGGACAACCCAAGCCUGCCAACACCCAGCAACCACCACUGUUGCCGUUCGUGAACAUGAGUCCCACUCCCCCGCCUCAUAUACAUCCGCAUCCAGCCCCACCGCCACAAGCUCUACCUACGACGUCUGCUCCUUCUACGACAAUGGCACCCUCUAGCACCCCGGUCUCGCCUCCUCGACAUCGUGACCAGGACCUACCACAAGGCCUUCUCAUUGACGCCGAACUUCUACCGAAGUAUCGCCGCGAUCUGGUUGGUAAACUGCGCGCGCUACGCGCCGAACUUACCACCUUACAGCCACAGAGUGGCCACUGCCGUCUUGAAGUUUCCCGCAACGAGAUAUUCGAGGAGAGCUACCGGCUCAUCAUGAAGAUGCGCCCGAAAGACAUGCGUAAACGACUCAUGGUGAAGUUCCGCGGCGAGGAGGGUCUCGACUACGGGGGUGUCGCCCGUGAAUGGUUGCAUCUGUUGUCUCGCGAAAUGCUUAACCCGCAGUACGGAUUAUUCCAGUACAGCCGCGACGAUCACUACACGUUGCAGAUCAAUCCAGACUCGUCCGUCAAUCCGGAGCACCUGAGCUAUUUCCACUUUGUCGGACGAAUUCUAGGCAUUGCGGUGUUUCAUAAUCACCAGCUUGAGGGCGGGUUCACGAUGCCUUUUUACAAGCAACUGUUGAACAAACCGAUCACUCUUUCGGACAUUGAAGGAGUAGAUCCAGAUUUGCAUCGGAGUUUAACCUGGAUGCUGCAAAACAAUAUCGACGGCGUAUUGGAUACAACCUUCUCGGUGGAGAACAACAGCUUCGGGGUGUUAAAGGUGCACGAGUUAAAGUCGAACGGCGCGUCUAUUGCGGUUACCGAGGAGAACAAGCGCGAAUACGUGAAACUGUACGUGAACUACCGGUUCAUGCGUGGCAUCGAGCAGCAGUUCCUCUCGCUGCAGAAAGGCUUCACCGAACUCAUACCAUUGCAGCUGCUGCGACCGUUCGACGAACGCGAGUUGGAGUUGGUCAUCAGUGGUAUCGGAUCGAUUGAUAUCGUCGACUGGAAAACACACACAAGACUGAAACACUGCACGCCGGAAACGCUAGUCGUGCAAUGGUUCUGGCAGGUAGUGGAGUCGUACUCGGAAGAGAUGCGCGCACGCCUGCUGCAAUUCGUAACAGGUUCAUCGCGCGUGCCACUGCAGGGCUUCCGCGCGCUCCAGGGCAGCACGGGCGGUGCCAGCCCGCGCCUCUUCACCAUUCACUGCGUGGACGUGUCGCCGCAGAACCUGCCCAAGGCGCACACCUGCUUCAACCGCAUCGACAUACCGCCGUACGAAAAUUUCCAAAUUCUGUGUGAUAAACUGACUCAGGCAGUCGAAGAGACUUGCGGUUUCGCCGUCGAAUGAUGCAUGCACCCCCCACGCACAUAAACACACGCACUCAUACAACAUACGAGCACGUUGAACAUGCACUGCCUGCUCUUCUCAAAUCCCAGUGAAUUUACGCACUUACAUAUCAGGAAGCCGGACGGAAUAGAGAUUAAUAAGGCAUAUCAUAGCUGAACAUGUGAAACACACUGACAACCGGUUACAAUUCAAGUGCCUUGGCGCGUUAAAUUAAAUUCGUACCAUCAUCGGCCUAUUCAAACCAAUCUUAUUGAAUUUAUGAUAUUGAGUAGAAGAAUUCAAUCAAUAGUUGCAAUUUUUAUGAGGAAAUAUACAUGUAAGAGACGUUUUAGAUAAAUGAAUUGUAAUUCCAUGAUCGAGUACGGUCCAUCACAAGUGCCUAUUGCUAGUCAAAGUAUCUUUUAUUCCCCUAAAAUAUCGCUUGAAACAUUGUAUUAAUCCACGAGUUGAAGGUCACGCCAUUUCGAUGAUUCAACUCUCGGAACGAGUAAAAUUUGAUUCCAAAACGACGGAACCUAAACAUAGGAAAAAAGACAAUAGAUUCUAAGAAAUUAACUACGAUUUAACUUACGACCAAUUGGUAACGGUGCAUUAGUAAUGGUUUAUAAAAUAUGUACACACGGACGGUCCGAUUACAAACUUGCCGAACAAUAAACAGACACGUCAGAGUGGUUGCACGAAUUGUAUUAGGUAGCGAUUUAUAAACACUUGCAACUAACUUUCGCUUGUUUUCAUCUUCGUUGCUCAAAACAUUAGGCGGCAUGAUUCAGCCUUGCAUUAGUUGAUUGGAAAAUUUACACACGGUUUUGUGCAGGAUUCGAUUUACUUUCUAUGUGAUCUAUAUCUUUAUUUAAUUAGUGAUUUAAUUUUACUCGCUUGUAUUAACAUACAGGCCGCACCCGCAUUCAGCUGCAUAUAAUAUUGAUGUAAAUAAUGUUAGCUAAGUAUUAUAAGUUUUCCGCACGGCGACGGCGGAUUAUUAUCAGCAAUAUUACCUGGCGGUGAGGAGGAACCCCCCGAUCUGACGGGGGGCGAGAACUAGCAAUAAUGCUAAUUUAGCGUUUAGCAGUUACUUAUCAAUUCUUUUAUUUUUUACGAACGUGCUUCGUGGCUGCAAUGGCACAGCCGAACUUCUUCACUAGUUUCGAGUAUAGAAUGAGAUUAUAGUAGUAAUCGGUUUAUAACUAGCACAAAACAUGCAAUAAGCAGCACUAUUUUGUACAUAAUUAUAAUGAGAAUUCAAGAAGGAUACGAUUACAUCACAAAACAUAUUUUAAACAUUUUAAAGAAAAUGGAUAGUAUAUAUUUAAUAAAUUAUAAUAAUGUUAA